AUGUUCUUAGCACUGCCUGUCGAGCUGCGACUACGCAUCGCGGAAUACGCACUCGAACAACGUCCGGCCGCAGGAAUACCUCACAUAGGGCUCCCUCUUCGACAGUAUAAACAUCAAUAUCGGCCUUCUGAAAACCUCUCACUCCUCCUCGUAUGUCGCCAAUUUGCACUGGACUUCACACCCUUAGCGUACAACAAGACGAGAUUUACACUGUGGACUGAACACGACGUCGCUCGUAUGAGGAAUCUCCCUCCUCACAAACUGCGAAACAUAAGAAAGCUUGGUUUUGAGCCAUGGUCAGUACGCUGCGAAGAGUGGACUGGAACGGGGUCCUCGGAGAGCUUCUUCUGCAACCAGGAACAACUGCGUCUAGAUGAGCUCGUAUUUUUCUGGCCGCACAACUGGGUACACAUGAUUGACGUCAGGCUUGUGGUCCGGUUCUUGCGCCGCGUGCGGCACAUCAGAACCAUCAAAUUUGUACAGUAUGGGGGGAUAAAGGAGACGAGGAGAAACGAGUAUCGUUCGCUGAUUGGCAUGAUCAUGAAAGAAGACCAUUUCCAGAGAUACGAUGCUCCAGGUGCACCGAACAUUGAAGCUACCUGGUGGGAUUGGCAUCUCAACAGUCAGCAGAACAUCCAUACUUUCCAAGCCCAGGAACCCAGGCCAGUGCUUCCGGAAGAGGACUACAUGCUGCUCAUGAAGCCGAGAGUGGAUGCGUUGAUGGCGGAAGCUGAGCAGGCAAUUGCUCUUUGA